UCAUUCAUUGCAAGAUUCUGUUUACUUCCGAUUUAUUCUGCGUUACAUUUUAUUUGAUUUACAACUGAAAUACAUCUGACAGUUUGCAAGCUUAAAUGAAGAGCAUAUAGUUUUGAUUAUCUAAGAACUGAAUUUAUACAUUUCUUGAUUAAUAUCCUUCCACUAGAUCGUUAUUCAUGUGAGAGAGACUUGUUGCUAACCACGCUAUUGUGUGUCGCACCUUGUCAACAAUCUGAAUCUUCCAUUUAUACGUAGAGAGCAGCGCACACGUGCCUCAAGGGUGACAAAAUGAGUGCCGCGAUGGUCGACAGAAAUGCAGACUACCCCUCAGCUGAUUAUGGUCGGCCCAUGUAUGACUCCAGACCACAGAAUGAUUAUGGACAUCCAUCAUACGACUAUAAUCGUCCAACCUACGAUUCCUACCAGCAGCCUGGGGACUAUAACAGAUCGUCCUAUGACCCUCCCCGCGCCCAGGAGAGGUAUGAUCAACCCUCACAGUACCAGCGGGCCCCGGAUCCACCAGUGAUAACUUCUGGAAUAGUCAGUUUAAGUGAUGAAAAAGCCAAAGAGCGUAAACAUCUGAUACAGAUGGAAAUGCGUAAGGAGUAUGAGGACCACAUGCGGCGACAAAAGCCUGUGUAUUAUACCACAGGGGGCCCCGAGCAGGGACUUCCCAUAGGAAACUAUGGCCAGACUCGCAAGAUUCUGAACGACGAGCGACACAGAGACUACAAUAAAUUUAUGAAGGAGAAAGAGGAGCAAGCGAGCCGACACCGAGAUGAGAUGUUACAGCAGCGACAAGUGUCGCCGCCUCGUCAACCCCAGGCCGAGAUGUAUGACCACAACCAGAUGUCACAGACGCUGCGGGAGGAACGCAAAAAAGAGUACAACGAUUACCUGAAACAGAAGGAGAUUCUGGAGCACGAAAACGCUCACCGACCAGUAACGCCCCCUGGUGGCCUGGCUAUAGGGGGAUACGAUGUAUAUCGCAAUCAACUCAAAGCAGAUAGAAAGCGUGAAUAUAGGGAGUCUUUGCUUAAGCAACAAAAUGAGCAAUGGUUGCAAAGAGCAAAAGAAUUAGAAUUGGACACGUCCCCCAGCCAUGAAGGGCACUUGGACACGGAGCGCCCCCUAGUGGGCUCUCCGCGGAACGUAAUCAUAGAUUAUAAAAAACUUAAAGAAGAGCUAAGUGCAGAGCGUAAGAAUGAUUAUAAUCGACUUUUGGAACAGAAAGAGGUUAAUGGUACCCCCCGAGCCCCUCCCACCCCUCCUGUGGGCCUCAAUAUACCCACGGAAGCCGAGAGACACAGAAUCGCAGAGCUCAAGAAGAAGCAAUAUCGAGAAGAGUUACUGAGGCAACAAAAAGAGCAAAUACUGAACCGAGCUCAACACCAACUGGAAAUUCCAGUGAUCGACCGUCGCCAGGCAAAUUCUGACCCCCCACCUCCCCUCGAUCUGUCCCAGGCCCAGGACCGCCCACCCUCAGGGAGAUGGGACCCUGAUUCUUACAGACAGUCUAAUUUUGGUGCCGUAAAGAGAGUGACCUCACCGCCACACCAAGCUAACAUCGGUCACGAUGAUUAUGGGUCUUACCGCAGACAGACAGAACAUGAAGUCCGAAACAAGGAGUACAACGAAUUCCUCGCCAAAAAACAACAUAUGGAGGAUGAAAAGCGUAUGAAAUUAGUGGAACAGCGUCGUCAGGCUCCGGCACCAAUCAUCAAGGGAGAUUACUACAGCUCCGAACAGUACGACCACAAACGACAGGCACUGAGGGACCAGCAGCAUAGAGAGUACCAGAAUUACCUCAAAAGCCAGCCUGCCACACCUCCAGAGGCAUAUGGGCUACCCAUAGGUCAACAGCAUUAUAUCCCCAAACAAAAAUGGAUGGAAAGACAAAGAAAUAUGGAAUACAACCAGUUGUUGAGAAAGCAGCAUGACCAGAACAGUAAACGAGCCCCAACACCAGAUUACCUUCAGGGUUUACCCCUCAGUCAACGGCAAUAUGAUAACAUGCGUAAAAUGCAGGAAAAACAACGAAAUCAGGAAUACAACCAACUGCUGGCAAAGAAGGGUUUUGAUAGACACCAGCCUCCCGAGACGAAUCGUCGGCCGGAGCUGGGGAUGAGAAGCGAGUUCCAGGACCAGGAGCCAGCCGGCAGACAGUCCCAGAGGAACGUACCGGUUGGGUCUCUCAUAACAGGAGAUAGGGUGGACUACCCCAGCAGUGCUAAUGUCAAAUUUAACAAUGAACGUCGCAGGGAGUACAAUGAAUACAUCAAGCCCCAAGAUCUUAAGAACAUCCACAGAAAGAGAGAGGAGGCAAUAUCUAAGAUUGAAUCUGAUGGCAUAGACCUGGACAAGGUCCGAAUCUUCCCCCAGGGAGAAUAUCAAGACAAACAAAAACAAUUACAGGAAGAAUGGAGAAAAAACUUCCGUGAUUUCGCUGCUAAGAAGCAUGAAAUCGUAAAGAAGGAGCUAGAAGAGAGGGAGCGUGAGAUAGCCAAGUAUUACCAGAAGGAGAUAGAUAAUCCCCACAUCCUGCCGGUCGGGGAGUACAAGGACAGACAGAAGGUGCUCCAGAGGCAGUGGCGAGAGGAAUGUCGUGAUUACUACUCAGGGCACCCAGUGGUUCAGAAGUCAAAGGAAAUUUGGAAAGAGGAUGAACCGGUUCACACCAUUCCACAGUCUGGGGAGUACAAAGGUCGGCGAGAGAGGCUGAAUAACGCACUACGAGAGGAGUUCAAAGAAUAUCAGAGCCAGAAACCUCCCCCUAAAGAGCGAGUUAAAGUGUUUGGGCAGCAAGGGGCGGUCUUGUUUGAUCCACUGUAUAAUAAGGACACCAAGGAUCGAGUCCGAGAGGAGAGGUCCAAAGAUUUCCAGGAAUUCCUGGAGCAGAAACAGGAGGCGGACCGAUACAGGAGGCAGGACAACAAUCGGUCGGAGAAUCGCAUCGGCUUCAUGUCUCAGCUGGGGAAACCCGUGGAGGAAAUCAGAGAGAGGCUGGCCAAGGAGAGACAUGAGGAUUACAACAAGUACCUCCAAAGUAAAUAUAACUCCCAGUCACAGCAGCGCCCCCUGGAACGACCCAAGUGGGUGGACCCCAAAAUUAUGGAAGAUAAUUGGCAGAAAGAAGCAGGGGGAUCCAGGUCCAACAGCCGCCCCCCGAGUAACAAACCCGUGCAGACUCCAACAUACGAGGAGAUGUUACAGAGGAAGAGGAGAGAGGAGGCUUCCUACCGACGCUAUGACGAUCCAGAAUAUUCCAGAUCCGGGGAUCCAGGCAGACGACCAAUGCCAUAAAGACUACAUGGCUGAGAUUACGUUCUGAUUUUUGUACAGUAGAACAGAUAGACCGCGGCACUGCACCACUUAAUGUGAAUCCGUCCAGUAUUAGACCUCUAACAAUCGUGUAGAUUUGAGUAUUAACAAAGAGCAGCUGACCCAAAGCGACUGUAGAUAUUGACCUGUAUUUAUACUGACUUGUGUAAGAGUUACUUCCCUUUAUACAGACUGUGCUGAUAUAUAUAGUGCCUGUUCUUCUUGAAUCAUUAUUCUACAAGCAAUGGAAUGUGUGAAGCUUUAAUAUCAUAUGUUAUUUGUUUCUCAUUAAUCAUAAUUAUUUUAAUUGGAGUUUAUAGGAAAGUGCUAAAUCGUGGGUUUUUCGUUAUAUUUUGUUAAUGUUACUUUGUCUUGAGUGUGUGCCAUAAUCACAUUGAAAAAAGGUUAUCAGUUUAUUGAAUCCCCAGGUCAAAUAUAUAAUUCUGUAAUAUUUAUUUAAUUAUGAUAAUUCUGUAAUAUUUAUUUAAUUAUCAGCACAAUGUUGCACUUUUUCUACAAAAGUUUAUUGUAUUAUAUGUGUUUAUUUAUUGUACCAGUAUAUAAAGCCAAAUAUUGUAAAAAUUGAUACUGCUGAAUGAGGAAAAUUUUUCCAAUUAUAAAUACAUGUAGUAAUGAUCUGUAAACGUUCUGUUAAAUGUUUCUCCAGUGCUGUAUAAAUUAUUCAUGGUAAAGGAACUUUGAAGUGGUUUAGACUAGGAGAGAAACAGGAAUAUCUUCUCAAUAGAAAUAAAUUAUAAACAGAGA